CCGUAAACAGAGCCGAAGCUUGGGUUUCGGAAUCGAGGCGGUGCGCGCGUCCCCGGGGGUUACCUUCUUCGGGUGUUUCCGGAAUUCACCCGUAGCCCGCGGCCGAGAGGAGGAGGCGCGCCCCCCUCCCGUUCCUCGCCGCUUCGGAUGUUUCCGGCUGCUGCCGGCGGAAAGAGCCGAGGGCCGGCGGUGGUGGCGGCCAUGUUGGGAGCAGCAGGUCCGGCGGCGGCUGCCUGUGUGCCGGGCGCGGAGCAGUGCCGCUGAGGGCAGGGGAGGAGCGAGGCAGGCGGCCGGCUGCGGCGGCAGAGAGUAGGCGGAGCGGCGCGGCCCGGCCGAAAGGCGGCACAGCCCAGCCGGGGGUCGGGGGGGUGCGGUCCGGAGCCGCUCGGAGCCGGCGCGGCCUAGCCCGAGCGGCGCAUCCCCGGGCUGGCGUGAGCGGCUGCCCGGCCUCCCCGCACCCCCGGCCGGGGCCCAUGCGGCGGGUGCCCCUGCUGUGAGAAGCCCCGCCCGGCCGGGCUCCGCGCCUUCCCUUCCCUCCCUUCCUCCAAGCUUCUCGGUUCCCUCCCCUGAGAUACCGGCGCCAUGUCCAGCGCCCGGACCCCCCUACCCACGCUGAACGAGAGGGACACGGAGCAGCCCACCCUGGGACACCUCGACCCCAAGCCCAGCAGUAAGUCCAACAUGCUGCGGGGCCGCAACUCAGCCGCCUCUGCUGACGAGCAGCCCCACAUCGGCAACUACCGACUUCUUAAGACCAUCGGCAAGGGCAACUUUGCCAAGGUGAAGCUGGCCCGCCACAUCCUGACCGGGAAAGAGGUAGCUGUGAAGAUCAUUGACAAGACUCAACUCAACUCCUCCAGCCUCCAGAAGCUAUUCCGCGAAGUAAGAAUAAUGAAGGUUUUGAAUCACCCCAACAUAGUUAAGUUAUUUGAAGUGAUCGAGACUGAGAAAACUCUGUACCUUGUCAUGGAGUACGCCAGCGGAGGAGAGGUGUUUGACUACCUGGUGGCCCACGGCAGGAUGAAAGAAAAAGAGGCUCGAGCCAAAUUCCGCCAGAUAGUGUCUGCUGUGCAGUACUGCCACCAGAAGUUCAUUGUUCACAGAGACUUAAAGGCAGAAAACCUGCUCUUGGAUGCUGAUAUGAACAUCAAGAUUGCAGACUUUGGCUUCAGCAACGAAUUCACCUUUGGCAACAAGCUGGACACCUUCUGUGGCAGUCCCCCCUAUGCUGCCCCAGAGCUCUUCCAGGGCAAAAAAUACGAUGGACCCGAGGUAGAUGUGUGGAGCCUGGGAGUCAUCCUAUAUACACUGGUCAGCGGAUCCCUGCCUUUUGACGGACAGAACCUCAAGGAGCUACGGGAGCGGGUACUGAGGGGAAAAUACCGCAUUCCGUUCUACAUGUCCACGGACUGUGAAAACCUGCUUAAGAAAUUUCUCAUUCUCAACCCCAGCAAGAGAGGCACUUUAGAGCAAAUCAUGAAAGAUCGAUGGAUGAAUGUGGGUCACGAAGAUGAUGAAUUAAAGCCUUACGUGGAGCCGCUCCCUGACUACAAGGAUCCCCGGCGGACAGAAUUGAUGGUGUCUAUGGGUUACACGCGGGAGGAGAUCCAGGACUCGCUGGUGGGCCAGAGGUACAACGAGGUGAUGGCCACCUACCUGCUCCUGGGCUACAAGAGCUCCGAGUUGGAGGGCGACACCAUCACCUUGAAGCCCCGGCCUUCGGCCGAUCUGACCAACAGCAGUGCCCCUUCCCCCUCCCACAAGGUACAGCGUAGUGUCUCGGCCAACCCCAAGCAGCGGCGCUUCAGUGACCAGGCUGGUCCUGCCAUUCCCACAUCUAAUUCCUACUCUAAGAAGACGCAGAGUAACAACGCAGAGAAUAAGCGGCCUGAGGAAGACCGGGAGGCAGGGCGGAAGGCCAGCAGCACAGCCAAAGUGCCUGCCAGCCCCCUGCCCGGCCUGGAGAGGAAGAAGACCACCCCCACCCCUUCCACGAACAGCGUCCUCUCCACCAGCACAAAUCGAAGCAGGAAUUCCCCGCUUUUGGAGAGGGCCAGCCUUGGGCAGGCCUCCAUCCAGAAUGGCAAAGACAGCCUAACCAUGCCAGGGUCCCGGGCCUCCACGGCUUCUGCUUCCGCCGCGGUCUCUGCGGCCCGGCCCCGCCAGCACCAGAAAUCCAUGUCGGCCUCCGUGCACCCCAACAAGGCCACUGGGCUGCCCCCCACGGACAGUAACUGUGAGGUGCCGCGGCCUAGCACAGCCCCCCAGCGUGUCCCUGUCGCCUCCCCCUCCGCCCACAACAUCAGCAGCAGUGGUGGAGCCCCAGACCGAACUAAUUUCCCCCGGGGUGUGUCCAGUCGAAGCACCUUCCACGCUGGACAGCUCCGGCAGGUGCGGGACCAGCAGAAUUUGCCCUACGGUGUGACCCCAGCCUCUCCCUCUGGCAAUAGCCAGGGCCGGCGGGGGGCCUCGGGGAGCAUCUUCAGCAAAUUCACUUCCAAGUUUGUACGCAGAAAUCUGUCUUUCAGGUUUGCCAGAAGGAACCUGAAUGAACCUGAAAGCAAAGACCGAGUGGAGACGCUCAGACCUCACGUGGUGGGCGGCGGAGGCAAUGACAAGGACAAAGAGGAGUUCCGGGAGGCCAAGCCGCGCUCUCUACGCUUCACGUGGAGCAUGAAGACCACCAGCUCCAUGGAGCCCAACGAGAUGAUGCGGGAGAUCCGCAAGGUGCUGGACGCCAACAGCUGCCAGAGCGAGCUGCACGAGAAGUACAUGCUGCUGUGCAUGCACGGGGCGCCGGGCCACGAGAACUUCGUGCAGUGGGAGAUGGAGGUGUGCAAACUGCCGCGGCUCUCUCUCAACGGGGUCCGAUUCAAGCGGAUAUCGGGCACCUCCAUGGCCUUCAAAAACAUUGCCUCCAAAAUAGCCAACGAGCUCAAGCUUUAACGGGCUGCCGGGAGCCGGGGGGCGCCGGAGGCGGGCCGGCCGGACGGAGCUGCUGGGGCCGGGCUCCCACCCACCCGGGCGAGACUGCGGUCGGGAUUGCCGUGUCUCCCCCUGCUGGCACUUCUCCCCUCCCGCCCUUCUUGGUUUUUUUCUUCCAUGUUUGGGGGGGACAGGAGACGGUCCUUUCCCCCCAACAUUGACCCCUGCCCGGAAAGUCCCCCUUCCCCCUUCUCCCCCACAGGAGGCAAAGGAAGGGGAGGGGGGUGGGGGGGCAGGGCUCCCCCUCGGUACUGCGGUUGCACAGAGUAUUUCGCCUAAACCAAGAAAUUUUUUAUUACCAAAAAGAAAAAAGAAAAAAAAAAAAAUCCCAGCGGCCACCUUUCCUCCCUGCCCCAUUGGGACAGUCGAGACUGGAUCUGUGGGGUUUCCCGGGAGGGCGGCUCAGGGCUGGGACACUCAGGCAAGAGUGGUGGAGUUCCCUGUCAGGCCCUCCGCCAGGCCCACUUUGGGCUUCUCCCCUCUCCUUCCCCCCUUCCCCUCCAAGCAAACCACCAGAGGUGGCCUUCCCCUGACCUCAGGCCCCAGGGCUGGAGGCCUGGAUGGCCGGGCCAGGGGCCAGGGGCGGGGCGCUGCGCAGCCCUGAGGUGGGGGGGGGUCGGGGGUUGGGGGGGUGCUGGCGGCUGCCCUGGGCUGGCAGGCGAGGCUCGGGGCUCCGCUCCCCCCCCACACUGUACCCUCCGCCCCUCCUUCCCCAGAGCUGGGCAUUUCCUUCCACAAGCUGCUGUGGGGACUUUUGUUCCCCUCCUCAAAAGUCUGUGCCAUCUUCUCCCACCCCUCCUGGGCAGAAGGCGGGGGGGGGGGGCUGACCCCCCCCCCCCCGCUGGGAGAGGGGAGGGGACUGCAGGGCAGAUAGGCUCCUCGGCCCCCAGGGGGCCGCCUGGGCUGCUAGUCUCCGGAACAGGGAUGCUGGGCGCUCCGUUAUGGGAGAGCCUUUGUCUGAAAGCACAGCCCCUCGCCAUUCCUCUCCCCUGCCCCCUUCAUUGGCAUUAAUCUGGGCACCAGCUAGUUCCCUAGCAGUGACUCCCCUCACCACUCAUCUCCCGGCCUUGCCUUUUCUUCCUGACACUGUCGCCCCUCCUCUCAGGAGACACUGCCCAGGGCCUCCACAGCCGCCUGGUGGGGGGCUGGAUAGGGCAGCGGGGGGCCGGGAGCCUCUGCCCUCCCCCGGGGGUGGGGGGACAGAUCGGCCUAGUGACUCCCAGCUUGCUAACCUCCUCGGCCAGCGUGGGAGUGGCUGGUUAUGGGCGCUUGGCUGGUGGCGGCCGCUGCAACCCUUAAUUUAUUUCUCUGCUGUUUCUGUUCCUGAGAAACUGGGGGAGGGGGGUCCUGCACAGAGGCUGCCCCUGCCCUCACCUGAGUUGUACAUUUUUUGUGAUGGGUUUUAUUUUUUAUUUUAUUUUUAUUUUUAUUUUUUUUUUUUUUGAUUUAUGAUGACUCCACUCCUACUCAUCACCCACCCCACCCCCCCAAGCCCAGGCUCCGUGGCAAGUCAAGCCCUUAGGGUCCCAGGAAGGGGCAUAGCCAACCUCAGCCCUCCUGCCCCAAGCCCCGGCUGCGGGCUCCGGGCUCUGGGCUCAGGCUCCGACCAAGGGCUCCCCCUCCCUCCCUCCCUUUCCCUCCUCCUCCCUCCCCACCCCUCCUGCCCAGUGGAACAGCCCGGGUGCUCUGAGGGGCCGGGAGGGCAUGGCUUGGCUCCCAGAGGGGGUGGUGGCCCAUGGAGGGGCUCCCAGGCAAGGUGGCCCCUCCCCACCCACCCUCCCACACCCGCACUUAGUUUCUCCUCUGGAUCAAACACGUAAUAAAGAGAAUGUUUGGAAUCUGA